CUUUGUACUGCGCUAUGAGCUACGCUUGCUAGGCUUGGUUGUGCCAGGAACAGAAUUGAGAUCUGCUGCCCAGACUUGGGGGAGACGCUGGGCUCUGUUACCCCUUUGAGUCCUGCAGAAGUGUAGUAGUUGUGUUAUUUGGAUCCUCUUUAAUAUCGCCCAUCUCCCCACUGAAGGAUGGAAAUCCUCCUCAUCCUUCGAGUUCCCCCCAGAGGUUGGUACUGAAACAUAUCAGUCGUUCAUUGUCGGCAUUUCUUGCUUUUGAACUAUACACUCUUUUGUCUUUACUUCUAGUCACUCCUUAAAAUCUGCUGGAAUCUCUGUUGUCUUUUGAGUCCACUCUUUGAAGACAUACACCAAAACACUCCUUGCAGUUGUCUAUAUCGACGAUCUCAACGACUCGAGAAUAGGUCUCAAAAUAUCUUAAGUCAAUCAGGCUGAAUAGAUUAGAGAGUUGAAACCAUGAAGGUCACUAAUCUUUCCAUUCUGGCUUACACGGGCCUCGCCACAGCCCUCACACAGCAAUGCUCUGGCAGCGCCGUCAACGAAGGCGGAAACUGGUUCUGUGGUGUUAUUGAUCAGAUUCUCUAUGAGGGAUUCUCCAGCAGUGGAAGCUUCAAGGCUGUUACAAAGAUGGGAGAUGAUGGAUCUUGUGAUCAGGAGCCCUUUUCUUACGACGGUGCUCUUGGACCUCUGAGUGAGGAUCUGUCUGUCCACAUUCGGGGCCCCUUCAACCUCAAGGAAUUCGCAGUCUACAACCUCGGUUCCAGCGAGAAGAAGCGUGACUCUGCUCCCUCUCCUCACCUCCACGGCCAUCGUCAUUUCCACGAACAGCGCAAGAAGAAGCGUGGGGACUGGGUCACUGCCACCAUCGACGGACAAGUCGUAUCCUGGGAGAACACUUAUAACGGAAGCCCUGCUACCCAGGCUGCUCCCGUUGAUAUCCCUGCUGCCCCUACCGACGCUAUGAACGUCGUCGAUGAGAAGAAGCCCAUGAAGCUAAAGGCUGACCCCUUGCCUGGACUGGACAAGAUCAAGAGCAAGGUUGAAAAUGUCAAAGGCAAGGUGGACCAGGUCAAGAGCAAGGCGACCUCAAAGGCAAAGGAGUACACUGCUACUCCUAGUGGACACUGGAAGCGCACUGCUUACUACAACGCUCAGCGACGUGUUGCUGAUAAUGUUAUCUUCAUGGGUAACUAUGGUGGUGAGGGCUCCGGAGUCUUUGACAACACUUGGGGUAACUCUCUCUCUUACCUCAACGCCAACGGAAACGGUGGCUCCUCUUCUCCCAAGAUCCUGAAGGACGUCUUCAUCCCUUCCAACAAAGAAUUCUCCAUCUUCAGCUCUGAGAAGUGUGACGAGAGCUGCGGUUACUCUCGUGUCCCUGAUGUUGCCUACAAGGGAUUCUCCGGCUCAAACAAGAUCUUCCUCUUCAACUUCAAGAUGCCCUUCGAUGGCAAUACCGGCUUCAACGGCGACAUGCCCGCCCUCUGGGCUCUCAACGGCCGCAUUCCCAGAACUGGCCAAUACAGCGGAUGCAGCUGCUGGAAGACAGGCUGUGGUGAGGUCGACAUCUACGAGGUCCUUGCUACUGGCGAUGAUAAGUGCAAGAGCACAUUCCACUUGACAAACGGCGCUGGAAGCUCUGAUUACUUCAAGCGACCUGCCGACAAGUACAUCAAGGUUGCUGUUGUGUUCUGUGAGCGUACGUCGAGCGUCGCUAUCAAGCAGUUGGAUGAUACCUUUGACUUUGGAUCAUCUCUGAGCGAUGAGACUGUGAGGGACUGGAUUAAGACCAUGUCUACCCCUAAGAAGGGAAGCAGCCUGUUCCAGCUGUCUAUUUCUGUGUAAGGGUGAGACCUGAGUUGGAUCUGUUCGCUGUUGGUUUGAUUUGAAUAUUUGAUACCUAUUCUUUUGAACAUAUAUAUUAAGAUACCAGUUGAGAAUUGUUCCAUAACUGGCCCA